GCUAGCAACCUUUGCAUUGCCGCGCGCAAUGGUGAGAAAAGCUUUUGCCAUGAGGCGCAAAGUCGCCUCUUGCAGAGCCAGGCCCGACCAGACCGCCACUAUCAUCACCGCUUCCACCACCACCAUCCUUCUCCCUCCAAUCCUCGCGCGCUCUCCACCCAACUCCUAAUGGCGUCCACCACCACCUCCUUCCUCUCCAAACCUCUCAUCAUGACCUGCACCAGUGCGCCAUCACCUUUCCCGCUCCAUUUUACCACGCGCCCUCCUCCCCUUCACACCACCACCACGGCACCGUCACCUGAUCCUCCGCUUCCAUGGCCACCCUGGUCACCUCGUCGCCGCUCUCUCUACAUGGCGGCCUGCUGCUCCUGCUACCUCUACUAACCAUAACCUCGGCGUCGUCGGCCCCGCUCCCGCUCCUGGCGCUUCUGUCUUUGAAGUCUUCCUUGAACGACCCGGCCGGCGCGCUCCGGCCGUGGACGUACGCCUCCGCGGCGUUUGCGGGGGCCACGCGGUCGCUGGCCCCGCCGUGGUGCGCGUGGCCGGGCGUGUCCUGUGACGUGGCCACCGGGGACAUCGUCGGGAUCGACCUGUCGCGGCGCAACCUCUCUGGCACCGUCUCUACGACGGCGGCGAGGAUGCUGGCGCCGACGCUGACGUCGCUCAACCUCAGCGGGAACGCGUUCGCCGGGGACUUCCCACCGGCCGUGUUCCUGCUACGGCGGCUCGAGGCGCUCGACAUCAGCCACAACUUCUUUAACGGCACGUUCCCCGACGGCGUUGCCAAGCUGGGCGCGCUCACCGUCUUCGACGCCUUCAGCAACUGCUUCGUCGGUCCGCUGCCCCGCGGCCUCGGCGAGCUUCGGCGGCUCGAGCGCCUCAACCUCGGGGGCAGCUUCUUCAACGGGAGCAUCCCGGCUGAGGUCGGUCAGAUCCGUCGCCUCCGGUUUCUGCACCUCGCCGGGAACGCGCUCACCGGGCGGCUGCCAGGGGAGCUCGGCAAGCUCACAUUGCUCCAGCACCUCGAGAUCGGGUACAAUGCUUACGACGGUUGCAUUCCGGCGGGGCUCUACGGCCUGACGCAGCUCCAGUACCUUGACAUCGCCGUGGCCAACUUGUCCGGACCACUUCCACCGGAGCUCGGCGAGAUCGCGCAGCUUGAAGCAUUGUUCCUGUUCAAGAACCGGCUCACCGGCGCGAUACCGCCGAGCUGGUCUCGCCUUGGAGCGCUGCAAGUUCUUGAUUUGUCCGACAACCAGCUCACUGGCUCCAUUCCUGCCGGGCUCGGUGAUCUGGCUAACCUCACGACGCUCAACCUCAUGAGCAACUUCCUCUCCGGCACGAUCCCAGCGGCGAUCGGCGUGCUGCCGAGCCUGGAGGUGCUGCAGCUCUGGAACAACUCGCUCACCGGGAGGCUGCCGGAGUCGCUAGGCGCGAGCGGGCUGCUCGUUCGGGUCGACGUGUCGACCAACUCCCUCUCCGGCCCGAUUCCCUCAGGAAUGUGCACCGGCAACCGUCUUGCCCGCCUCAUCCUCUUCGGCAACCGGUUUGACUCCGCGAUCCCGGCGAGCCUCGCCAACUGCUCGUCGCUCUGGCGAGUCCGGCUCGAGUCGAACAACCUGUCCGGCGUGAUUCCGGCCGGGUUCGGCACGAUCCGGAACCUGACCUACCUGGACCUGAGCUCCAACUCGCUCACCGGUGGCAUUCCUGCUGAUCUCGUGGCUUCGCCGAGCCUCGAGUACCUGAACAUCUCCGGUAACCCGGUCGGCGGUGCGCUUCCGAACAUGUCGUGGCUGGCGCCGAAGUUGCAGGUCUUCGCGGCGAGCAAAUGCGCACUGGACGGCGACGUCCCAGCGUUUGGUACCGGGAGGUGCUCAAACUUGUACCGGCUGGAGUUGGCGGGAAAUGAGCUCACCGGUGCAAUCCCCAAUGACAUUGGCAGCUGCAAGCGGCUGGUAAGCUUGAGGCUGCAGCACAACCAGCUCACCGGGGAGAUCCCGGCAGAGCUCGCCGCUCUGCCGUCCAUCACCGAGGUCGACCUGUCCUGGAACGCACUCACCGGCACCGUUCCGCCGGGCUUCACCAACUGCACCACAUUGGAGACCUUCGACGUGUCCUUCAAUCAUCUGGUGCCGGCUGACUCGCCGUCGGCGCCACUGGGCGCCAGCGAGGGUAGCUCCGCGCGGCACACCGCGGCGAUGUGGGUCGCCGCUGCGGCAGUGGCAUUCGCUGGGAUGAUGGUGCUUGCAGUCACCGCUCGCUGGCUGCAAUGGCGGGAGGACGACACCGCCGCGCCGAGCGGUGGUAUGGGCGGUGCACGUCCCAACGUCGUCGUUGGACCGUGGCAGAUGACCGCGUUCCAGAGGCUCAACUUCACCGCCGACGACGUGGCACGGUGCGUCGAGGGGAGCGACGGCAUCGUCGGCGCCGGGUCAUCGGGGACGGUGUACCGGGCGAAGAUGCCGAAUGGCGAGGUCAUCGCGGUGAAGAAGCUGUGGCAAGCAGAUGCACAAAAGGAGGCAGCUUCAGAGCCAAAAUGCAGACAAGACACUGACAGCAGCAAAAGGAUGCUCGCCGAGGUGGAGGUCCUUGGCCACCUCCGCCACCGCAACAUCGUCCGGCUGCUCGGGUGGUGCACCAACGGCGAGGCGACGAUGCUGCUCUACGAGUACAUGCCGAACGGCAGCCUCGAAGAUCUCCUUCACGGCCCCGGCGCCCGCGCCACCGCGGCCACAGGCAAGCCCAAGGCGCAGCUCGACUGGGACGCGCGGCACAAGAUCGCCGUGGGCGUCGCGCAGGGCGUGAGCUACCUGCACCACGACUGCCAGCCGGCCGUCGCGCACCGCGACCUCAAGCCCAGCAACAUCCUGCUCGACGCCAACAUGGAGGCGCGCGUGGCCGACUUCGGCGUCGCCAAGGCUCUCCAGGGCGCCGCGGCCAUGUCCUCCGUCGCCGGCUCCUGCGGCUACAUCGCACCAGAGUAUACGUACACUCUCCAAGUGGAUGAGAAGAGCGACGUGUACAGCUUCGGCGUGGUGCUGCUGGAGAUCCUGUCGGGGCGGAGGUCGGUCGACACGGAGUACGGCGAGGGGAGCAACAUCGUGGACUGGGUGAGGCGCAAGGUCUCCGCCGGCGGUGGCGAGGGAAUGGUGCGCGACGUGAUGGACGCGGUGGCGUGGGCCGACCAAAGCGGUGAGACGCAGGACGAGAUGGCGCUUGCGCUGCGGGUGGCGCUGCUCUGCACCGGCCGGUGCCCGCAGGAGCGGCCGUCGAUGAGGGACGUGGUGUCCAUGCUGCAGGAGGCCAAGCGUGGCCGUAAGCCGGCGGCGAAGAAGCAGGCGCAACCAAAGGUUCACUAGCAACGACAACGUGUACUCACCAAGCUACUACUAGUAAUUUGUCAUGUAUAAUGUCUUCACUGUCUGAGUAAUUAACCUCUUUCGAGCGCACAAGAUUGGUUUACUUUCCAAUGUUAGGAGUAUAUUUGAGAACUA